AUGGAUCAAAGUACUAUAAUUACAUCGGCCGAGGAACAAUUAAAGAACUAUGGUAUCUUUUUGGAGGAACAUGAUAAGAAGCUGAAAACCCUUAUCAAGAAGAACAAACAUAGUGUCAAAGAAAAACCACUGCUAAAGCAAUCAGUGGUUCAAAUUAAUUAUGCUGCAAAUAAUGAAGAAUUGUCAUUGGUGAAAUUAUUAGAAUCCGAGAGGGUACUAAACAAAAUCCUUUUGACCGUUGGUCAUUUAUGUUCCGAAAUCGAUUAUAUCAAUAAUGAAGCAAAGGCAAUGCAAAUGAAACUUCUCUAUAAGGAUGAAGAACUAUUGUUGACAAUUCAAAAUGCCGCCAAUGCCUCGGGCGAGGAUAACAAUAUUGAUAUGUCCAAGCAAAAUAAUAGUUUAACGCAUAGUAAUGUUCUCCUGCAAAUGAGUGAAUCUAUGGAGUUCUUGUGUAAAAUUAAUUUCCUACUGCAACGUUGCAUUGUAUUGGGCAAUAAUCUAUUGCAUCAAUGCGGUGCCAUUUUGGAUAGUGAAAAUAAAGUUAGCACUGUGAAUAUCAAAUUAACGCACAUUUGUGAAUAUUUGUCUUCACUGUUUCAUACCAUUCUCAUAUUCGAUGAGAUUUUGUUACGUUCAAGUUUUACCCGCUAUUGGCCAGUAUAUAAGAAGACAGUGGACACAUUAUCAAAUAGCCAAACCCAAUGGGAAAAUUGUACCAGUGCUGAACUGAGUGGCCUACAGACCUGUUUACAUGAACUGGAAUUUAUAUUCAGUGGCAAUAUAUUUCGGCACUUCCUUGACACAACAUUCAGUUUAAAGGAGAAAAUCGGUUCCCGUGGUAUGGGACAAUUAACCAAACAAUUUAAUGAAUAUUUAAAACAACAAUUAAAUGAAAUCGAUAAAACAAAUCCAAGUGAAUUAAAUACCUUUACCGAUACUCAUUCCAUUAUACGGAUAAAUGCCUUUUGUGUUGUGUUUCAUGACUUUUGUGGCCAAGUUGAUGGAAAAUGUAUAAAACAUUUAUUUGAAGUGAAUACCAAAUAUCCUGCAAUUAUGUUAAUUGGUAAUAUCGCAUGGUCAUCAACAGCUUUCCUAACGAGAAAUGCCUAUUCAUUGAUAAAGACACAUGGAAAAAACCUAAUUGAUUUAAAGAAACAACAGCAACUGUUUUUACAAUUACAUGCACCCACAAAGUUAAGUAAAGAUUGCCGCAUAUAUUGUGGUGAUAUCACGCUGUGGACAUUGAAAAUAAAUAAAGCCUUAAGUUUGGGACCAUUCGAAUUGCGUAUCGAACAAUUCAAAGAAUUGGCACAAAUGUUAAUGGAAGGUGUACGCAUGGCGGGACAUUUAAGUUAUAUGAUCAAAGGCAUUGUCAGUUGUCAUGAACACCUCCAAAUACCCAUGACCAAACAAUCAUUGAUGGUCGUCUGUAAACUAUUGGAAAUGUUAAAAAUGAUACAGCUGACAUUUAACAACCACACCACAAAUAUAAGUAAAAUUAUCCAUUGUAUUUCACAAUAUUUUCAAUAUAAAUUAUUACAUUUGUUGAAUGCAUGGAAAAAGAAAUUGCUGUCGUCGAAAUUAAAGGAAAAGGGUGUUGAUGCUUUGUCCGGUAUAAAAAUAGCUGAACGCUGCUUACUUGGUCCACCGAGUAAAAUUCGUAUAUUAGUUGCAAAAUUGGCAUUCGAUGUAGCCUGUAAUGGUAGCGGUAGUAAAUUUUUAAAUCACGAACAAUUUGAACGUUUUCGCCUGCUGAUACAACGUAUCGAAAUGAUUGGAGAUUUUCAACAACACAUCAAAGAUAUUUGUGAUACAUCAUUUUUGUAUUGGCAUCAGUCGAUAUUGAGAGCAUAUCUGAAACAGGUGGUGGAUAAAAGACUGGAUUUUCAUUCAUUUCAGUACCUUGUUCAAGCUUCCACCGAAUGCAAUGAUCGCCUGAAUCUGCUACAAUUCCAUAAUUCCCAGCUAUCACAGGAAUUACAAAAAUCCCAUUUCGAAAGUUUACGCUCCGAAAUCAUUAGCAAACUUUGUGCUCAAAUCGAAAUAUUUUUACGUUUAGAAGUACAUGCCAACUUGCAGGUGGAAAAAAUGAAUCCUUUUGAUCAGGGCAUUAAUGAUUACAAAGAAUUGAUAAAUAUUUGUCCCGUCGAAGUUAAUGGCAACUAUUUAAUAUUGAAAGAUCACAUUGAAAACUAUUUAAGUGCAAUGUUUUAUAAUCUUACCACCAUCUCACUGCAUGAUUGGAAAACCUAUGAACAAAUGAGACAUUUGGCCAAUAAUCGUCUACUCUUAAAUCCCGUAGAAGAUUAUUUACCCAAUCAGACACUGGAACAGGGUAUUGAUAUUUUGGAAAUUAUGCGUAAAAUUCAUGUUUUCGUCAGUGUCUAUGUCUACAAUAUGAAUUCACAAAUCUUCGUGGAACAACAUAGUAAUAAUAAACAUUUGGAUACAAUUGGUAUACGACAUGUGGCCAAUUCGUUACGUACCCACGGUACUGGUGUCAUAAAUACCACGGUUAAUUUUACAUAUCAAUUUUUAAGACAGAAAUUUUAUACAUUUUCACAAUUUCUUUACGAUGAACAAAUCAAAUCUAGGCUGAUGAAGGAGUUGCGAGCAUUUGCCGAAUGCAAACAACAGGAUAAAUAUCCUUUGUAUUCAUACGAAAGAGCAGAUGCUUUCAAUAAGGAUAUAAGGAAGUUGGGUUUGGCCAAGGAUGGUCAGACAUAUAUGGAUUUGUUUCGUAAAGUUAUAACGCAUGUUGGCAAUGCCAUGGGUUACAUACGUUUGAUACGUUCCGGUAGCAUACAUGCCAACUAUAGUGCCAGUUUAUAUUUACCCAAAUUUGAUGAAAAUCUACAAUUUGUUGAGAAAUGUAAGGGUCAACAGUUAAGUGAGGUUCUACAUAAUGCUGCUGAAAAUCUUGAAACAAAUAUUCAAAAUUUGGCCAAUAGCUUUGCUGAUAGCACGGAUUAUUUUAAGUUACUCGUUGACGCCUUCCAACCAUUUUUCCGUAAUCCACACAACUUACAUUUGCGCAACUUCUUCCUUAUUGUACCACCACUGAUAAUGAAUUAUGUUGAAUAUAUGCUAGCUGUAAAAUCAAAAAUAAACAAAAAAGAUCGUGAAGAAGCUGUCCUGUUCGAUGAUGGUUUUGCUGUUGGUUUGGCAUACAUUUUAAAAUUGCUCAAUCAGGUGGGUGAUUUCAAUUCACUGCAAUGGUUUACCACAGUGCGUGAACGUUUCGAGGCCGAACGUAGAAAAAUUAAAGAAAUGCUCUUGGAAAUUAAUCAAAAAACAAAUGUCACCGCAUCGAAGUCCAAUACAAAUGCAGCAGCUCUACAAAAGAAUGAAAAUGAGAAAUUACAACAGACUUUAGUAUUAACAGAGAGACGUAUUAAUGCUCAUCAAAUGGAAUAUAAUUUAUUAUAUUAUAAUCUGUGUAGUGCUAAGAUAUUUUUUCAAUAGAUUUAUAUAUUA